AUGCAUCUCGUCUCCAAGCUCCUGGCCAUUGCGGCGACGGGUGCAUUGGGGACACAUGCCCUGGAGACAUCUAUAUUCACAUUUCCCUCUUCCACAAGCCCAGAAGAUGGUUCUGUAAAGCUCGAUGAUCAGGUUGUGACGGAGGAUGUGGCGCGGCUGAUUCUGGAGCUUCGUACCGAGUCGUCCUUGCAGUCGGUGCUUGGAAAUGUGAAUUCCGACACAGUGGAUCGUCUCAAUGAGUAUUCCGGUGCUCAGAACUCAUUGUUCGGAGGAGAGGACUCGCAAGCCACGCCGAGCAGGAACUUGGUUCUUUUGGAGGGUAUCAAUGAAGCUGUUGGUUCAAGUCUUCGCAAGGCACAAUCGUCCAGUCUCGUUGUCCCCCAUGCGUCGCCUGAGCUGGUAGAAGGGUCUAUUAUCGAUCGUUUGGAGGUUGGGGAUAUGAAGAAACGCUGCGCUUAUCACUUUGGUGGUGACGAUGCCGUCUCGGAGUCUGUCCAGUCUGCUAAGGACUGUCUGGCCCGGGAUCCUGUGCUGUCUCAAUCUCAGAAUAUAGCCCCAGAGUUCCUGAACCUAAUUGCUUCGCUCGAGGUAUGGUCAAGCAAGGACAACAUGAUGAGUGCUUCCAGGCUCGCUCUCAAGAAAAAGGGAUCCUCCGACGAUGCCCUCGUUUCGAAGUCUCUCGAAUUGCUUUUCCAGAAUAUGGACAAGCUAGCAACUUCCAAUCACCACGAAAUCACUCUGUUGACCAUGCAUACGCCUGCCUCCUCGCCUGAUUUUGGAAAGCUCGCCCGCCGAGACCAUGAACCAACCCGACACUCUCCCUUCGCCACCAGCGCUCAAAGUAUUAUCCAAAAGUCCGCCCAGACCCAGGCUUUGUCCUCCGUACUCGCCCCCGUCUGCCACGCCUCGAACUCAUCUUGUACUGAAACCACCAACAGUUGCUCCGGGCACGGACAGUGCUAUCUCAAGUCUUCCUCUGGGGAUUCCAAGUGUUUCGCCUGCCGCUGCCAGCCCACUGUCCGUACGAGAAGCAAUGGCUCGAAGCAAACCAUUUAUUGGGGCGGCCCAGCUUGCCAAAAGGAGGACAUCAGCUCGCCCUUCUUCUUGAUUGCGGGCGUCACUAUCUUGGUUAUUGUCCUGGUCACUGGUGGUGUGGGGAUGUUGUUCAGCGUGGGCGCAGAAGAACUUCCGAGUGUGAUCGGAGCUGGGAUUACUGGCUCCAAGACCACCGCGUGA